AUGGAGAACUACAGAGAUCUGGUCAACAACAAUAAGGUUGUUUUAGACGAUGGAAACUAUGGGUUUUGGAAAUCAAGGAUCAAGUCCAUAAUAGGAGGCAUCGAUCGUCUAGCUUGGAAAUCUGUUCUAGAAAAGUGGGAGGAACCGACAAUCAAGGAUGAAACAGGCGAACGAAUAGUUAAACCCAAAGCAGACUGGACUGAGGAAGAGAAGAAGAGAUCCAAGUACAAUUCUAGAGCGCUAAGUGCUAUUCAUUGCAGUGUUCAAAGAAAACAGUUCAACCUAAUUCAGGGGUGUGAAACCGCUAAAGAAGCAUGGGAUAUCCUUCAAAUUCAGUAUGAAGGAACCACAAAUGUGCAAAGUUCAAGAAAAAACAUGUUGGCUUCUAGAUUUGAGAAUCUAAGGAUGGAGGAGCAUGAAUCAAUCUCAGACUUUAGUUCAAAGCUAAGCGCUUUGGCACAAGAAGCAAUAACUCUUGGAAAAACCUAUAAGGAUCAGAAGCUAGUUAAGAAAUUUUUAAAGUGUCUUCCCUCAAGGUUCAUGGGAUACAAGACAGCACUAACUGUAUCUCAUAAUUUGGACUGUCUCAGUUAUGGUAAAGUGGUUGGUAUGCUGGAAGCACAUGAGAUGGAACUUAAUGGAAUCAAGAAACCAAAGGGGAUAGCCUUAACAGUUAGCAAAGACACAUCUGAUCAAGGAGAAGAAGAUGUUGUGAGCCUAUUGGUAAGAAGAUUCGAUCGAGCGUUAAGAAGGAUAGAACAAUGUCAAGGACAGAAGAAGAUUGGCUCAUACAAGAAGACCAGUGAAGUUAAAAAGGCUGAUAUGCAGUGUCAUGAAUGCAAGGGGUUUGGAUAUUUUAUUCGUGAAUGUCCAACUAUCAAGUUACGAGACUCAAAGUGCACAAUUUGCAGAGGGACAAGACAUACACAUGAUGAAUGUGUAAAUAAUUCUAAAACCAAGAAUGUAAAGUCCAUGAUAAGCAUUGAGGAUGAAUCAGAUGAUGAUAGCAGUAGCGAAGAAGAACUCAUGAAUCUAGUUGCUAUGGUGGGAAUAACUGAAUUUGAUAACAGAGUAGAAGUAACUGAUUCUGAAUCAGAAGAUGAGGAAGCUCUUGAUAUUGUUCAAAGCUACAAAGAAGUGAGAGAAAAACUGAUUACGUUAGGAAAAGAAAAUCAAGGGAUAAUCAAAGAAAAAUUUCGUCUUGAAGCAGUAAUCGAAUCGUUACAAAACGAACUGGUGGAUGAGAAGGAAAUUGCCAAAGAUUCAUUGGAUUUAACGAAAGAAAAGCUGGUCCUUUCUGCAAAAGCAGACAAACUCGAGGAAGAACUGUGUCAAGAAAGGAAGAAAUCCUUAGAACUUCAAUCCGAACUAGAUCAACAGCACAGAAAAAUUCACAUGUUUGCAGGAACAAAGCAACUUGAUAAAAUUUUAAGCUAUGGAAGAACUGAAAAAACUCAUAGGGGUUUAGGUUUUACCGAGAACAAAGGAGUCAAGACCACAACAACCAAAUUUGUUGCAGCUGGAGUACAUCAAUCUGAUUUGGAAACAACAUCAGCUGUAUCGAUUAAGUCAUCAGGCUGUUAUUUCUGUGGUAAAUUUGGACAUUACAAGCGCUAUUGUUCCAAAUUCUAG